AUUUUGUAGGAAAAAAUUUCACGAAAUGGUUCACUACAAGCUCGUCUACUUCCCAUUAAGAGCCCGUGCUGAAAUUGCUCGACAAAUCUUUGCCUAUGCAGGACAGGAUUAUUCCGAGGAGAAUCUGAGCUUUGAACAAUGGCCAGCACGCAAAAAUAACACUCCAUUCGGUCAAUUGCCAAUUUUGGAAGUCGAUGGAAAACCAUUGGGACAGUCAUAUGCAAUUGCUCGGUACUUGGCCAGAGAGUUCGGAAUUGCUGGACAAAAUGACACCGAGGCGGCAGAAGUGGAUGCAAUUGCUGAUCAAUUCAAGGAUUAUCUCAACGAUGUCUCCCCAUAUUUAACAGUUCUUGCUGGAUUCAAACCUGGAGACAAGGAUCAACUGAGAACUGAUGUUUUUGUUCCAGCUUUCAAAAAGAAUUUCGAGUUUUUCGAGAACAUUCUGGCAUCUAAUCACAGUGGUUUCUUUGUUGGAAACUCUUUGACAUGGGUGGAUCUUUUGAUUUCGCAGCACGUUCAAGAUAUUUUGGAUAAAGAUUUGGCAGUUGUUGAGGAGUUCAAGAAGGUUUUGGCACAUCGUAAGAAGGUUCAGAGCAUCGACAGAAUUCAGAAGUAUAUUGCAAACCGUCCAGAUUACCCAUUCUAAAUUGAAAUGAGUUUGCAAUUUUGUAUUAUUUUUUAAUUCAUAUUUCAAGAAGCAAUUUUUUGCUAAUUUGUUUUAAUGGAAAUCGAUGUUUCUAAAAUAUCUUGAAUGAAUUGUUCUUUU